UUGCUUAUUCACGUGGAUGCCACCAACAAAGCAAAACCCCUGAAAACCUUUACUUAUAUAGUUCAACAUUUCACUGUCGAAGAUUGUGAUUUUUUAUGGAGAAGUUCAUUAUUUGCUUGCUCUCUUUUAAAUUCAAGAUUUUUUGUUUAUGGGUUUCGUUAAACAUCAUGAUUUCUUCUACCCAAAGCAGACCUCCCAUUUUUGCUGAAAUAACUGUAUCUUACCCACAAAGCAGUGGAACUGUGGAAUGUAUGAGUUCUCACUUUCUCUCGUUCUCAGUCUGAAACCAAUUUGAUAAGGAAAAAGAGAAACGUUUUUUGAAUGUUUAGAUGGGUUUUCAUAUUCUUGCUUUGACAAGCACGCAUACCAGAGAAAAGAUAAAGAAAAUCCAUUCAGUGCAAAGCGGUUUUAGCCAUUAAUGCUUUCCUUGUUCUCUCAGUUCCCCACCUAUUCUCUCUCUCUCUCUCUCUCUCUCUAAAACCCACUUUUAAAACGCCGUUUGGACCAUUCUGUAACACGCCCGUGAAUCUUUAAUCUCUCUUUUAAUCUUUUUUUUUUUCUUUCUUUUUUAUCUAAGAGAUGGCAAAGAGCACAGCUUCACAGGACCGGGAAAACACAAUGACCCACUUAGAUUUCUUCAAGAAAUUCAAGCGCUUGAACCCUCUUGAGCCUUCUCUAACUAUUCUUACCUUCUUCUUGUUCACCCUCCUGUUCAUUACCUUCUUUUUUUACUUGGAUUACGACUCUGUUGGUCGGGGAAUCACCUGGCUUGGUUUGCACGGUCCAUUAUCUUCGUCUUCAUCAGACAGUAUGAAAGUACGGCCGCAAUUUCUUGAUGAAGGUGGUGAUGGGUGCGAUGUGUUUGAUGGGAACUGGGUGUGGGAUGAGAGCUAUCCACUUUAUCAGUCCCAGAAUUGCUCUUUCCUGGAUGGAGGUUUUAGGUGCACUGAGAAUGGCAGGCGUGAUAGUUUCUACACUAAGUGGCGUUGGCAGCCCAAAGAUUGCAACUUGCCCAGAUUUGAUGCAGGGAAAAUGUUGGAAAAGCUGCGGAAUAGGCGGUUUGUAUUUGUUGGUGACUCAAUUGGAAGGAACCAUUGGGAGUCCCUCCUCUGCAUGCUCUCCUCUGCUAUUCUCGACAAGACUUCUAUCUAUGAGGUGAAUGGGACCCCCAUUACAAAGCACUCGGGCUUCUUGGUUUUCAAGUUUGAUGAUUUCAAUUGCACAGUUGAGUACUACAGAUCUCCAUUUCUAGUAGUCCAGGGCCGGGCUCCAGCUGGUGCUCCAAAAGAGGUGAAGUUAACUCUGAGAGUGGAUCGAAUUGACUGGGUUGCUGACAAGUGGAGAGAUGCAGAUGUGCUUGUUUUCAAUGCUGGCCACUGGUGGAAUUAUGAGAAGACCAUCAAAGUGGGUUGUUACUUCCAAGAAGGUGAGGAGGUGAAGAUGAAUAUGAGUGUUGAAAGUGCAUACCGACGAUCGCUUGAGACUCUAAUUGAUUGGAUUGGUAGUCAAGUAAACAUGAGCAAGACCUAUGUUCUCUUCCGAACCCACUCUGCUGUGCAUUUCAGGGGUGGCGACUGGAAUUCUGGUGGUGGUUGUCACUUAGAAACGCUACCUGACUUAGGCUUGCCAGCUUCAUCAGAUAUCCAUUUCAAAACUCUUUCUGAUAUGUUAACCCACCGUGCAAAUGAGUCACAAGUGAUGAAAUUGGAUUUAUUGAAAGUGACAAACAUGACAUCAAGUAGAAAAGAUGGCCAUGCUUCUAUUUACUAUAGAGGGCCUGAAACUGGCCCAGCCUCUCUCCACCGUCAAGACUGCAGCCAUUGGUGCCUGCCUGGUGUCCCGGACUCGUGGAAUGAGCUUCUUUAUGCACUUCUCCUCAAGCGGGAAUUCUUAGGCAGGGGAACUUCAACAAAACCUUCUCAGCCUCCAUUGUGAUUGGUGCCAACAGCUUACUGAUUUCCAUGAACUUGAUAAAAGGACUUCAUCUUAUAAAAAAAUGGUGCUUAUUCCUGAGACCGCUGGCUGCUGCUUUCACAACACCGGCGAAAUUAUUGUAUAUAGCUGACAGUUGGGUAUAGCUCAUUGCUGGUCAGUUGAGAAGUUUUGCUGCAAACAAGGAAAUACAGGUUAUUCUUAUUUUCGGAAUAUUGCCCUUUUUACGGAAUGUCUGCUUUGACUGGUUGUCAGAUGAUAUGAACUGAAUAGAGGUGCUUUAGGAGGGAAUGCUUGGCAGCGCUUCUUCACUAGACACCGGCAGUUGAACACCUAAGGGUGCUAAUUUUAGGGUCAGAAUGUGCAUAGGAAGGUUUCUUGUGGGCAACCUUGAUAGUUGAGAAGAGAUAUACACAUAGGUUUUUGGUUUUUGGUUUUUGGCACAUGAUGUAAUUCUUCAGAAAGAACAGAAAAAAGAAAAAGGUGUAAUUUUUUUUUUUUGUUGUUGAUAUUUUCACCCAACUUUUGUAUACAGAGAAAAAUGUUGUAAUUUCUUUGCCAA